AAUUAGCAUUGAUUAAUUACGAUUGACAUAAACACGCCCUUAAAUCGAGGGAAAAGAACAUGAAGAAAUAUUGUUUUCUUCAUCAAAACAAAUGCAGUAUACAGCGUUGAGAAUGGCGAAUUAAAUUCUUACAUUUCUCGGUCUCUGCCUCCAUAUGCAUGCGUUGGAUUCAAAUCGGCUGGAGGAUGAGAAGAAUCAAAGGCUGAGCUAAAAAGAUUGGAUAAUCUGCAGAAGCCAACGUUCUGCUUGCAUCUUUUUGAUUUCUAUUUCAAGCUCCAUUUCUGGUGUUGAUGAAAUUUGGUUCUGAUUCUCCGAUUCGGAAGACUUAAAAGACUCGUCCUUCUUCAAGCAUACCGGUGUAUUAUAUACUUUUGUUUUCCCAAAAGUUCACAUUUCUUACAUUGAAUCUGAAGAUGGGAGGCGUGGCUAAGGACCUCACUGCCGGGACGGUCGGAGGGGCAUCACAAUUGAUAUGUGGACACCCGUUUGAUACCAUAAAGGUCAAGUUACAAAGCCAGGCCAUUCCACUUCCUGGCCAGUCUCCCAAAUUCUCGGGCGCCAUCGAUGCUGUCAAGCAAACUAUAGCAGCUGAAGGCGCUGCCGGGUUGUACAAGGGUAUGGGUGCUCCUCUCGCAACUGUGGCAGCGUUCAAUGCCCUCCUCUUUUCAGUAAGAGGGCAAAUGGAAGCGCUGGUAAGGUCUCAACCCGGUGUACCCUUAUCUGUCAAUCAGCAGGUGGUUUGUGGAGCUGGGGCCGGAGUUGCUGUGUCGUUUCUCGCUUGCCCCACCGAAUUAAUCAAGUGCAGAUUGCAAGCCCAAAGUGCAUUGGCACAAUCCAGUUCAGCUGGCCUAACAGUGAAGUACGGAGGGCCAAUGGAUGUCGCUCGCCAUGUCCUCAAGUCAGAAGGCGGUGUAAGGGGUCUCUUCAAGGGACUGGUUCCUACUCUAGCCCGUGAAGUACCCGGAAAUGCAGCCAUGUUUGGUACGUAUGAGUUGCUGAAGCAACGCUUUGCAGGUGGUCCGGACACUUCAAACCUCGGAAGAGGCUCACUGAUUGUGGCUGGAGGAUUGGCUGGAGCUUCAUUCUGGCUCUCCGUCUACCCAACCGACGUCGUCAAGAGUGUAAUUCAAGUCGAUGAUUACAAAAACCCGAAGUACUCGGGGUCGCUCAAUGCAUUUAGAAAGCUCUUAGCCACGGAAGGAGUUAAAGGGCUAUACAAAGGUUUUGGUCCUGCCAUGGCCAGGAGUGUUCCUGCAAAUGCAGCUUGUUUCCUGGCUUAUGAGGUAACCAGAUCAAGCUUGGGAUGAUUAAGCAUCCUUCUUGAGUUAUAUCUUUUCAUUUAAACUCAUAGAAGCUAUGUCUUAGGUUAGAGGCACCAAUAAGACAGGGUAAACGAUGUAAACCAUCUGAUACUAAGUUUCGUUCCUUCUUCGAUAUCAAAGUUUCUUUCAAGAUCAAAA